AUGUCGGCCAAUUACAAGAUACAGAAGCCCUACGUACUGGCCGAGCUCCCCCGGCCUUUGGACCAAACGAAGGGAUCCUAUGUGAUUGGCGAGGUCUUUGGACACCACCCGAGCCAUGGAAAGAGGAAACGGCCGGAGGUUGUCGUUGGAAUCAAUGGCGAGGCUGCAAAUCUAUAUGAUGUCUCGGCCUCGAGAUUGAUCACGUCGUAUCCGAUCCCUCCCCAGCAAACCUUUACCUGCUCACCGAUAUCUCUGAGGAUACGUCUUCUUAAAGGUCAAGGUAUCGCGCGCUACACAUAUAUUGCGACCCGAGAUUCGACGGGCCAGUCAAUGAUGCUGUUUAGGGACAUCGUCGAUAGCGCCGGUAAAACCACAUCUAGCUCCAAGACGCGCCACCUAAAAACAUCCUCCCGCAUUCGCUACAUCGGAGUUUCCCCUUCUAUUACUAGCUCUACUGGACCCGAAAACGUGCAUCGCCUUGUGGGAAAUCUUUUAAUCAUUUGCGCUAAUGGCGACGUUAUCUCCUUGGACCCCGAGACUCUCGAACAGAGGUGGAAGGAAUCUGCUAGCAAACUCUCGCGAGAUGAGAUGUCAACCCCAGUUUCGGAGUAUAGCGUUGAGCUUGUUGCUAUGACAACUGCAGCCGAUGUCAUUGACGGCAUUUUUGAGGGCCGGAAGGAUGCCUUCGCGGCUGCCUUCCCACAAAGCCUGGCAGUCAGCGAAGCUAAGCCCGACACUCUUGUGUUCGUCUCACAUCUAGUGAGAAACGGCGUUCAGGAGAGGCAAUUGUCUGUUCUAGGAAUCCUGCCAUCUGAGAAUUCCACGGCCUCGAUGCAACAUAUGCUACAACUUCACGUUACGCCGAUCCCCAGUCAGCCAACAUCGAACGCGGAGACAGUCUACGAUUACAAGCUUCACCUCCCGUCCGGCUCGCUGCUUGAGCUGCAGGAUAGCACUCUGGUAGUCUAUAACAUCACUAGUGCUAUCUCUACCAUACGGCACACCCUCCUCAUGCAAGCCGCGACGUCGUAUCUUCGACUUUCCGGACACUCGAUCCUAGCCGGUUCGCCCACCCACCUCAACUUAUAUAACCCGACCUUCCACUCUCUCCAAGCUACCGUCCCCCUAGACCUGUCAGAAAUCACCUCGAAGCGCGGAAGCGAGCAAUCCAAGUCUGCAUACACCCUUACCGCUUACUUCCGCCGCCUCGACGUUGCUGUAGGUCUCUACGACAAUCUUUUGGUUGCUGUGCAGGUCGACCCCCCUGCGUCCGGAGGUAAACGUUCCUAUGCCGACGGCCUCCUUAUCGAUUCCAUCGGAAAGGGUGCACCGAAGGAUGUCCCCGUGUCUGCGACUAGGCCUGGCAAGAAGUUGCGCUCGUCCGCGCUAUCAACACUGCUCCCCGGUUCCAUAGCAGGCAGCUAUAUGUCGACGUGCAUACAGGAGAUGGAUAAGGCGGAUGCGCUUUUGGUGGACGACAACCUAGCAGAAUUCGAAAAGCUCCUCGCGAGCAAGUUCAUGGUUGAGCUAGCGACGACGAACGAGGAUGAGGAAAGUGGAACAGAGAACAAAUCCCUUCCUGACUGGACAUGGCACUCGAAUCCCUCCGAUUACCCGAUCGUCGAUCGCCGCUGGGUACUCUACGCUAUUGGCCGAGUACUUACGCUGGAUCCGAACUGUGAAGAUGCUGAUGGCGCAGUUAAAUUGGCGCUGGCAAGCAUCAACGUCCUCAUCUACCUCAUCGUUGCGGGACAUCUUACGCUUAGUAACAUCCGGGCCGCCUUCAGAGGAUUAGACCUAGGACCGGAGCUGUCGGAUACCGUCCUCGCGGAAGGUCUCGCCCUACGCUUAGCAGAGGUUGACCCGACUCUGGAACUGCUCGUUAACUACAUUCUAGUUACCAAACUCGGGCCUCCGGAGCUGCUCAUGGGAAUUCGCGCCAUCAUGAGGAGUCUCGACUACGUGACGGACUCUCUCAAGUCACCGCCAAAGUUUUUAACACAGGAAGCGCACGAGAGCGAAGAGGACGAGGAGAUACGGAUGGAACUCGACCAGCUAGACCGACAGAUCCAAGCAACGGAGUACCACCUCGGCGACCAGAACAGCACGCGCGCAAACGGCCUCACGGCGGCACUCGCCAAGCUCAGCACGCACUCUUCUCAGACGGUAGUUAAGGCAUUACGCACAUGCCUCAAGGCCGACGAAAUCUUCUCGCUCAUCUUCCUCCUCCGCGCCGAACUCGUACGGGGAUCCUGGACGUCGAGAUACGUCGACGUCGGAUACGCGGUGGCGGGCCAGACGCAGCCGGAGGCGCCGCCGGACGAUAGUAUCUGUCUGAUUGCGAACCUCUUAUCGCGCUGCGUCGACGCCGUGGGGCCCACAGGAUGGCUCCUCAACGACUCGCUCUCGUCGGACGUUGAGUCCGAGACCGGCGACUUUCUCCGGGCGCUGAAGCUCGAGGUGAGCGCCGCGCUGGAAGGGUUAGAGGAGGCGGUUCAGCUGAAUGGUCUUUUGAGUGAGGUGGUCCGGUACGGGACGGCGGUGCGGGAACAUGGCCCCGCGGCGCUUUCUAAACUUCAGCGGGCGGAGGGUUGUAUGCUGCCCAUUGGGCUCAAGGCUAAGCAGGCUGUGGCGAAGGAGAAGGUGGUGUCUGGUGGGGAGGUGGUUAAGAGGUCGCAGCGAGAGAUUGGGCACCUCAUCAGCCAAAAGGUGGCGUCUUAUUCGUUGGAGAGGAUUACGUUGUAA